AUGAAUCGCCUAUUUACCUUGACUUUUAUAUAUUUAGCCUUUUUCUUUGUUACUACAUUUUCUCAAGAGGAAAUAGUUCCCACCAGACAAAUUUAUUCUCUUCCGCUCAAACUUAAAAGAGCUGGGCCUGAUAAAUUGAUCGCAGAUAUUACAUGGGAAGGAAAAAAUGAAACAGAAACUGAUCCGGUUAUAUUAAAGUUUUUUUGCGAUUCUGAUACCGUGAGUGUUGAAGCACCUGGAGAGAAGCCUGGUACAUUUGGUGACCGUAAGACUCAAUACCAAAUAAAUGUUCACAAAAAUAAUACCCUAGUAACAUGUCAUUAUAAG